UGUUACGUUAAAAUUAUUGUACGUAAAACUGUAUCGUUGCGGAGGAUGUUAUUGUAUGAAGUGCGUUAAAAAGUGUAAUUUUUGAAAAAGCUCUUGAGGAUAAAGAUGAUACAUUUUGUAUAUCCUUUUAAAUGAUGAUGUAUGUGUUACACUCGGAAAGAUCUUUUUCCGAUUAAGAAGAUUAAUUUUCAAAAUUUUAGACUUAAUGGUGACACACAUUACUGCACUGCUAAAUCGUUUACUUAAAAUAUAAAAUUAUGUAUAUAUUCAUCUUGAAAAAGGAAAAUAGGGUAUAUCGUUUAACAUGGAGUUUGAAUAUUUAUGCGAGUUAAGUGACAGAUGAGGCUUAAGAUAUCUGGACCAAACUAUGAGUGUCUGAAUUGAAAUUAAUAUUCAUCACCAUGGAAACAUCCAUCACCACCAUUAUAGUGACCUUGACCCUGGUGGCCAUUACCUUUACUCAGGAGAGUACUCCAUCAAUUACCUUUACCGUCAUUGAUGAGCAAGAAAUCGGCUUCAGAAUUGGCAGUGUUGCAAAUGUAACUUUGAACGUUCCGGAAGGCGAGAGGGAUACUUUACGUUUCAGUUUUUUAAUGAAUCCAUAUGCUCAGUAUAUCAAUAUUAAAAGUGAAACAGGUGAACUCUUUACAAUGGUGAAAAUGGAUCGCGAAUCCAUUUGUCGUACAUUUACAACAGCAAAAUGUGAGCUAGAUUUUAAGGUGGCUGCAAACACCGACGGACAGUUUUAUCAAACAAUUAAUGUGAAAGUCAUUAUUGAGGAUAUAAAUGAUAAUGCUCCAAUGUUUACCAAUGAUAGAUUUGAAUUAAAAAUUUCAGAAGGGGUUACUGUUGAUACUAGGUUUCCAAUUCCAAGUGCUGAUGAUCCGGACACAGGUGGUAGCAAUGGAAUCCAAAGUUAUGAAAUCAACCCACCUAGUGACACAUUUGAGUUAAUAAGUGAAAAGAAACUUGACGGAUUAUUUAAGGUUGAACUGGCUGUGAAAAAGGCUUUGGACAGAGAAGUUAAGGCUUCUUACAAGUUCAAGAUCAUAGCUAGAGAUGGUGGAAAUCCGCAGAAAAUUGGAGUUCUAAAUGUGGACAUUAUUGUUUCUGAUAUGAAUGAUAAUAAACCAGUUUUUGAUCCGACUGUUUAUAAUGUUACGGUUGAAGAGGGUACGAAAAGAGGUUCUACAGUUUUAACUGUUCAUGCUGUCGAUCACGACAGCGGGGCAAAUGGAAUUGUUUCGUAUAGAAUCAAUGAAAGAUCAUCUGCUCAGGUCCUUAAUGACUUCGAAAUUGAUAAGACCACUGGGGAAAUAAAAGUUAAAAGAGAAAAACUUGUGUUUCAAUCAGAUUUUCAUUAUAGUUUCAUUGUUGAAGCGUUUGAUGGUGGUGACCAGCCUCAGGUAUCACAGGUCUAUGUGUAUAUAUAUGUUACAGAUACUGGAAAUAAUCCUCCUAAAGUUACCCUCAGCCUUCUUUCACCCGGAAAUAUUGGAUUUGUUAACGUUUCGGAAAAUUCCAAAAUUGGAUAUUUUGUAGCUCAUGUUACUGUUGAAGAUUCGGACACUGGCGCUAAUGGACAAGUUACUUGUACUGUUCCAAAUAGUUUCUUCAAUGUGGUGAAGCUUGAUGAGGAAGCUUAUAAAGUCGUUGUCGCAAACACUUUAAAUCGGGAAGUUCUUAAUUUGCAUAAUGUAACCGUCAUAUGUUCCGAUCAGGGAAAUCCUCCCCUUAAUUCCUCGGUUAGUUUUCUUGUACGUGUAACUGACUAUAACGACAACAAACCCGAGUUUGUACAGAAGAACUAUAAGGCAAAGAUUUCAGAAAAUACAAUGACAGAUAAAGUAAUACUGAAGGUUGCUGCCACUGAUGAAGACAUAGGAGAUAAUAAGAAAAUACACUAUGAGAUUCGAAAUCAGGACAAAAUUUUUGUGAAUGCCGUCACAGGAGUUAUUACAGCUAAACCGUUUUUCGAUCGUGAAAUUGACCCAGUAGUUAUAUUUGAAGUGUUAGCCAUUGAUGCUGGAGAAACUCCUCUCACCGGAACAGCAACUGUGACCUUGACCAUAGAAGAUGUGAAUGACAAUGCCCCAAAAUUCAGUCAAACAAGUUUCACAUUUGAAAUUUUAGAAAAUUUGAAUUCUGGAACUUAUGUUAAUGAAGUAGUGGCCUCAGACCGAGAUACUGGUGCAAAUGGAAUAUUUACUUUUUCGCUUUCGGACAGUUUUCUUGACAGUAAAAUUCCUUUUCAUAUAUUUACCGAUGGAGUAAUUCAGUCGAAUCGCGCUCUGGAUCGAGAAGUGCAGAGUAGAUAUGUUUUUGACAUUACAGUCACAGAUCAGGGUAGCCCUGCUUUGAGUAGUACCGUUCCAGUAACGAUAGUUGUAAAUGAUGUGAACGAUAAUAAACCAAACAUAACAUUUCCCACUAAAGGAAAUGAAAAUAGGACUGUUACAAUGUACUAUCCUACAGAUGAUGUUGAAAUUGUUACGCAGAUUCAAGCGCAUGAUAUUGAUGCUGGAGAAAAUAGUACCCUUAAAUAUGGUAUUACCAAAGGAAACGAGUUAGGACUUUUUAAAAUUGAUGAAAGUACGGGAAUUAUCACUGUUGCGGACAAAACGGUACAGAUAGAUCAGGAUAUUUCUAUAGCACUGUUGAUAGAAGUGCGUGACAGCGGUGCAAUAAGUCUUUCGUCUACUGCCGAACUUAUUGUUAACGUCAUCUACACUAACGCCACCUAUGAAGGAGUGACAAGUGAAAGUAGUAAAUUUGUUGUUAUUGUUGUAGUCGUGGUUAUUGUGACAAUUUUACUUUCGGCAGUCAUUAUCGGAGUUAUCUUCCUUCUUAGAACGAUGGAUCGCAAGAAAAAGCUUACUGAAAAUAAAAACAAAGUAGAAGAAAGUCAUUACUCAAAUAAACAGACAGUUUAUAUCAUGAAUAAUACUGGCGAAUCCAGCACAGACUAUGUUAUGUCAGGUUCUGAUGGCGGAAGGAAGAAAAAAGAAGUGAGUUUUUCGCUGGACGACCACGAUUCCAUAAACAACUACCAACACAUUGACCUCCAGGUCAGCAUGGCACCAAACCCCAUUCACUACUCCCCAGAAAAGCCCCCUCGUCUUGAGAAGAGUGAUAGUACCCAGGAUCUCUAUGACAAAGUGUCAACACGACUCGAGAAUCUUAAAAUCCAGCGCAUGUUACAGAUCGCCAAACAACAACAACAGACAGCACACGCAAACCCAGACGACAGUCGCAGUGAAACAUCUGGCGAAACUAGUAGCGGAGAUAGUGGUCGAGGGGCGAGUGAGGAGGAAGUAACAAGUGCCUCUCCAUCACAUGAUGACCAGAAGAUGUUUGACUAUUCUGUUCCUGUAAAAAUACCAUCGUCAUCUGUACCAAGUCGUUUAGUGCAAUCAUCAAGGGCAGGCAACUACAGUGCUGUUCCUCCGCCCAUCCCGUGUCGAACGUACAAACCUUAUGGAUCAUUUAACAAUAACCAGAGCUAUUCACCAAAUAACAGACAAUAUCAAAGUGCGCCAUUACAUUUAAAUACUGACCUUUCUGUCCUUGACCCUAGUGCAUUGUCAUGGCAACAUACUCAGCCUCAUUCCAAUCAUCCAAUCAAAUCGAACAGUUUAAUUGCUCAGAAUGAUUUAGCAUAUUUUAUGGCACGAGAUGCACACUGUCGUAAACAUUCGCAAGAUGACGACGAUUGCUCAACGACAACAUCAGGGAGUUACACGCUACAUUCUGUAGAAGAUCUCUUGUGAUUGGACACACGUGAACACAUUGUUUGAUUAAUAUGUGACAAGCUCAAAAUGUUUUUCAAAUCUGUAUGAAUUUGCCAUAUCUGUGAUAAGAACAGCCGUUACAUAAUUUAUGAGAUCUCAGUUAUAUGAAUAUAGAAAGAUGUUAUAAUAAUAGAUCAGUGAUAAGGACACUGUAUAGAAUCAACAAGAGCAUGCCUAAAAUGGAGCAGUAACGACCUGUUUCCCCGAUACCAGUGAGCACCCCAGAGAUGUUAACGGCAGGACACAAAUCACAUUUUAGGCUGCAUAAAAAGACUGGGUACAGAGGGCGCUAAACUGUCGACUCACCUGGUAGUCAAGUCAUAUCUUAUCAAGGUCAUACUGUGGAAAAAUCACAUGGAAUAUUGAAGGGAGGGAAGAAAUUAAAGCUUAUCCAUGACAUUGACUUUUCAAAUUACAUUAGUGAAUGGACUUAACAUUAGCUAUAUAAACUUACAGGUCUGCAACAUGCUUUGCAGGUCAAAUUUAUGAAUGUUUUGAGAUGUUGUGAUUUCUUAUUUAUAUGUUUAUGUGUAGAUUUUCCUACAUUAUAUAGAUAAGCAAAUGAGGUGCAGAAAUUCGGAACAUUUUAAAUUCUUACAAAAAUUUAAACAUACACAUUCAAAAUGUACUUAAUAAAACCUCUGUCAGAAGUAUUAAACGAGUUCCAAGCAACUUGGCUAAUCAAUUGAAUCAGUUUUAGUACACACUCUGGCCUGUUACUUUGUGUACAGGUUUUAUACACAUAUGCAUAUAAGUACGAAAUGGUAAUACCUAUUAUCCAGAAUUAUUAAAAUGGCAUUACAAUUUUUGUUGGUUAAAUGAGGGUGCUAUGCAUGACGAGACACAAACUACGUAUUCUUUGUUAAUAAUUUAUAUUUUAUUCUGUGUAUUUUCUACUAUACUGUCUUAUCACAUAAUGUGUUUCUGUUACUUUGUUUAGAAGACGGGUCCAUAUUUUUUAUUGUGUUCAUUUUAAACAUACAGACUAAAUGCAUAAUUCAGCUGGUUCAAAGCUUUAAUGUUCGCUUACAUUGUUAUAUUCACUUUAAAAAAGUUAUCAUUAUUUUCUCCUUUAAUGAACACAGUAGUUCACAUUAUUCUUCACAUACUGUAAAAUCAGAAAUUUUCGGAAGGGAUUUGUAUUCACAUUGUUCGCAUAUUGACUGAAAUCGCAAAUAUAAAUGCUCACAAAUGUUGUGUUUCUUUUUGUUAUAAACAGUCAUGUAUAUUUCACAAAAAGGUAAAGAAAUGAUCAUUGAUAAUUCAUCCGCAAUGUUCAUGAAUGGGACUAUUUUGUGUAGCACAUGAACAUCCUUUGGAAGUGAUUUGGAAUAAAAUAAUGAUGCUAUAUGAUUGUCAGAAUUACACUUGUAACUUUGGUUCAACAAAAAAUUGAUAUAAAGAUUUCCAAAAUGCAUUAUAUAUAUCAUGUUCAUGUAUAUCUUGGAAAAAAGGUCAGAAUGUUUAGGUCUCCCAAUAGUAUUAUAUGAAAUAUGGUGUAGAAUUUUAAAUGUGAUGUACCAGGUAUUCAAAUUAAGCAGUUUGAAUUAUCUACUGAAAGUGUGUGAAAAUUUUAAUAUUCUCAAUUUUCGCAUUAUGAAUAUGUUAAUGAUGAAAAGAUUUUAAUUUGAGAUUACAAACAUUUUCAUUUUCAGCCAAACAAAAUAUUGAAAUAUUAGACAAAAAACUUUGUCUAUCUUCUACUCUUGUAUCAUAAGUACAAUUCAGACUACCGUUAAUGAGUUUACCACAGAAUAUAUUAAAGAAUAACAUUUGUGGGUUGAUGUACUAGAAAGGACCAUAGGUUUAGUUGACUUGCAUUAGAAAGGACUUGUAACGGGUUUAGUUAGCAAAAUUUCAAACUGGAAAUAUUUUCUUGAAAUACUGUACAUUUAGUUUCUGAGCAUGAAAAUAUAUAUAUGUCUUGGUCAAUUCCUAGUUAGAAUUUUAAAAAGGGAAAUAAAUGUUCCUAAAAUACUGAUGAACUCUGAUGUUCAUUUCUCAGUAAAAUGAAAAUGUGAUAUUGUCCAUUUUAACCUAAAUGUACAUUUUUAAGAGCUUUAGCUUUUGAUGUUUUCAUGAUAUACUUGCAGUAAUGUUUAAAUUCUGCUUUUUCAAGUUUGAGUUCAAAUUUUGUAUGUGAAUAUAACACUGCAUGUUUUUCCUUAAACAGUUUAUAUGACAAAAUGCCAUGACACAAUAUAAAAUUUAUUAUCAUUUAUGCUAUAGUUUGUACAAAAUGCUGUCAUAAUUUUCUUGUUACAUACCAAAGUUAGUUUUGUACAAAGUAAAUGUUGAAACUAAUAAAAUUACAAAAAUAUGAAAAUG